AAUUAUUGAGAGCAUAUGAUGCCUGGUAAAUUUCUGCUCCCUCUAACCAAGUACUGAAUAUGUCUGGAAAUUUGGAGCUUGUGCAAACUCUGGAAGGUCACGAAGACAGGGUAUGGUCUGUUUGUUGGAAUCCCUCUGGAACAUUAUUGGCAAGCUGUGGAGGAGAUAAAACAAUUCGUCUCUGGGGUAAAGAGGGAGACAAAUGGGUUUGUAAAACAGUACUUGAAGAUGGACAUCAAAGAACCAUCAGAUCAGUGGAUUGGUCUCCAAAUGGGAUGUACCUAGCUUCUGCCAGCUUUGAUGCAACUAUCUGUAUUUGGGAUAAAAACAGUGGAGAGUUUGAGUGUAAUGCCACUCUCGAAGGACACGAAAAUGAGGUCAAAUCAGUAGCCUGGAGUUCUUCAGGAUCAUUCAUUGCAACUUGUGGAAGAGACAAGAGUGUUUGGAUAUGGGAAGUGCAAGAAGACGAUGAGUAUGAAUGUGCAAGUGUUCUUCACAGUCACUCACAGGAUGUGAAGAGAGUUGUUUGGCAUCCAGACAAGGAGAUUCUGGCAUCAUGCAGUUAUGAUGACACAGUUAAACUUUACAAAGAAGAUGAUGAUGAUUGGUCUUGUUUUGAUACUUUGGAUGGCCAUGAGGCAACAGUAUGGGCCAUAAGUUUUAAUCACACUGGUGACAGGCUAGUUUCAUGCAGUGAUGACAAAACAAUAAGAAUAUGGCAGAGUUAUGAACCAGGGAAUCAAGAAGGUGUUGUCACAAAUGGAAGCGACCCAAAAUGGAAGAGUGUUUGUGUGUUGUCUGGUUAUCAUGACAGAACUAUUUAUGAUGUUCACUGGUCUCCUGUUGAAGAUGUCAUAGCAACAGCAGGGGGAGAUGAUUGUCUCAGAGUAUUUCAACAGGAUGUUACUAUUGAUGACAAGAAUAAACCUUCAUUCCAGCAAGUAGCAAUUCAGCGAGAGGCACAUUCCCAGGAUGUUAAUGGAGUUAAAUGGCAUCCUAAGGAGCCAGGCCUCCUAGCAUCAUGUUCUGAUGAUUGUACUAUCAAGAUCUGGAGAUUAACAGAAUCGUAACAUAAAGCUCUGUCCCCUCCGUGGUAGCUUCUCUGCUCAUCCCACUACUACAUUGUGUGGAAUAAAUCUUGUGGAAUGGUGAUCUCAUUAUUAAGAUGUGCAGAAGUAUCUGUUGGUUGAUGGAAAACUGCAACAGAAACAGCAAAAUGCACUAUCACUGAUAGAUAUCAGACUCACAGACUUAACAAUAAUAGGAUUGUCAGUUAAGAUGAUGUGCAAAACAUGAAUUUGAAAUAAAUUCUGCUACAGCUUUGUGAAGAAAAAUAA